AUGGGUCAAUACACAUUUACCUGGAACCACCCCGCUCAAGAAGUCUACGUGACGGGUGACUUCGACAACUGGUCAAAGUCAAUCAAGCUGGACAAGAAUGGCAACUCUUUCCACAAGACUGUGACUCUGCCCGGUGAAGAGAGCAGGAUCCAUUACAAGUUUGUUGUUGACGGAAACUGGACAACCGACUCUACUGCCAGGCAGGAGACCGAUCAUUCGGGCAACGUUAACAAUGUCGUCGAAGCCAGAGAACUGAGCCCCGAGCCCGAGGAGCGUCCUUCCCACGCAUUCAUCUCUUCGGUGCACCCCCAAUCCACCACCGCUGCCCUCGCUGGCCAGGUGCCGCUUGAAAAGGAAAGAAACAUCCACUCCGAGCAGCAUGCCAACAACGACACGAGCUUCCCCCAGGAGACUCCCGGCUUCGAGGACCUGCCAGGCCAAUUUCCCGUUACACCUAUGGCUGAUCUCAACCAGUUCAUGGUCAACCCCAUUCCUGCUACUGACGGUCCUUCUAACCCCGUCAAGCUUGCCCCUGGUGAGCCCGUUCCUCACCCGAGCACUCUGACCUCCAACACCAUCCGCUCUACUGUGCGCGAUGACCCCGAGCUGAAGAAGCCAUCAAUCUCGUCUACCGAUGGUGCCAACGAGCCCCGCGAGCGUGAGCUUAACGAGAACGAUCUUCCUGGCGCUUACGCCCCGUCUACUGCUCAAGAAGAAGAGGAGGACACCAAAGCUUUCGGCAUCAACCCUAUCCCUGCCACCUCUGGUAUCGGCAACCCUAUCAAGCUCGCUCCUGGCGAGCCUGUUCCCCACCACAGCAAGAUUACCUCCAACACCGUCCAGUCGACUGUCCGUGAUGGCUCGCAGUACGGUGUUAGUGACACUGGUGCUCCCGUUCUUCCCCCGGUGCUUGAUUCCCAAAGCGAGGCCGAGGCGAACGGUGCUUCCAUGUUCAACCUGCCUUCGAUCGGCGGUAACAUGAUCCCUGAGUCCAGUCUCCCUAUGGGCGACGGCGGCGACGACCGCCUACCCAACUUUAACAACGCAUUUACCUCUUCCGCUGCCCCUCAGAGCACUACCGCCCAGCUUGCUGGCCAGGUCCCUCUUGAGCCUCGUGGUGCCCGUGGUGUGCCUGGCGUCGUUUCCGAGAGCCAACAGUCGGCUCACGUAAGCGCUGAAGCUGCUUCUUCCUCGUCGGCCGUUCAGACCAAGCGUGAGGUCGAGGAGGAACUGAAAGAGAAGGUGCCCCAGGCAAACGCUACUGCCGAGUCUGGUCCCGUCACUGGCGUUCCCGAGGUCGUUUCCGAGAGCCAGCAGUCUGCUCAUGUCGGCCCUGAGGCUGCUGCUAACCCUGAGGCUGUCCGCGAGAAGUCCGCCGUAGAGAGCGAGCUGAAGCAGACAGUUCCCGAGGUAAACGCAAACAACGCCUUUGUUGAGCGCAGCCCUGUCGCCGACGCUGCUUCAAGCGUGUCACAAACUGCCUCGAACGCUGCUUCGACCGCAUCGCAAACCGCUUCCAACACUGCGCAGGCCGUCUCUGACUCUCACGUCCCUGAGGCUAUCGCUGGUGGCCUCGCUGCCGCUGGUGCUACCGCUAUCGGUGCUGCUCUACUUGCCAAGGACAAGCUCACCGAGACCUAUCAGCAUGCUACUGAGCCUACUCCUGCGUCCAAGGAAGUUCCUGAUAUCGUCACUGAAAGCCAAGAGCGUGCUCAUGUCGAGCCCGAAGCCUCUGCUUCGCCUGAUGUUGUACGUGAGAAGGCUGCCUUUGAGGAUGAAUUGAAGCACUCUAUCCCCGAAGCUCCUGCCACCUCCGAGUCUGGCGUCCUAGGUGCUAGCGAAGGUGGUCUCACUGGCAAGAUCGCUGCCGGCACUGCCGCACUCGGUGCUACUGCUGCCGGCCUUGCAUACGCCGCUAGAGACAAGGCUACCGAUGCCUACACUGGUUCGCCCUUGGCUAGCCUGACCAAGGAGCCCACGAUUGACGGCUCUGUUCCCGAGGUCGUCACCGAGAGCCAAGAGCGUGCUCACGUUGAGCCAGAGGCCUCUGCUUCGCCCGAAGCCGUGCGCGAGAAGACUGCCAUGGAGGGUGAGCUUCUCUCUGAGGUUUCCAAGGCGCCCGCAACUUCCGAGUCUGGCGUCUUCGGUAAGAGCGAGCAGGGUGUCGCUGAGAAGGCCACCGCUGGCGCAGCUGCCGCUUCUGCUGCCGUUUCUAGCCAGGUAAACAAGGCCUACGAGUCUGUUGGCCUGCCUUCCUCGACCACCACCAGAGACACAACCCAACUAGAGUCUGGUUCCGAGCAGGUCCCUGAAGUUGUACAAGAGAGUCAAGACAGAGCUCACGUCGAGCCUGAGGCUUCUGCCAACCCUGAAGCUGUUCACGAGAAGCACGAUGUGGAGAGCGAGCUACUCUCCCGAGUCAACAAGGCACCUGCCACCUCAGAGUCUGGUGUUCUUGGUAACAGUGAACAAGGCAUUACUGGCAAGCUUGCCGCAGGUCUCACCGCUGGUGUUGCAGCCAUUGGCGCAACCGCCGCCGGUGCCGCUUAUGCUACUCGCGACAAGGCUUCCGAUCUGACUGGAAGAGAUCUUAACACCACCCAAAAGUCAACUCAAUUCGAGUCUAGCUCUGAGCAGGUUCCUGAGGUUGUCCACGAGAGUCAGGAGAGAGCUCAUGUUGAACCUGAAGCUUCCGCUAACCCUGAGGCUGUUCACGAGAAGUCCGAUGUCGAGAAGGAGUUGUUGGCUCACGUCAACAAGGCUCCCGCCACUUCUGAAUCUGGCAUUCUCGGUAGCAGUGAGCAGGGCAUCACUGGCAAGGCCGCCGCCGGUCUUACUGCUGGAGCUGCCGCUAUUGGCACAACUGCCGCAGGCGCUGCUUACGCCGCCCGUGACAAGGCCUCUGACCUCACAGGUAGAGACUUGAACACCACUCAGAAGUCAACUGGUCUGGACUCUACCUCCCAGAUCCCUGGGGUCGUUCAAGAGAGUCAAGAGAGAGCUCACGUUGAGCCCGAAGCUGCAGCUAACGUUGAGGCUGUUCACGAGAAGCACGAUGUUGAGCAGGAGCUCCUAUCUCACGUACAAAAGGCACCCGCCACUUCUGAGUCUGGUGCUCUUGGUAACAGCGAGCAGGGCUUGUCUGGCAAAGCCACUGCUGGCAUUGCCGCCGGCACUGCCGCACUCGGUGCUACUGCUGCUGGAGUCGCCUACACUGCCCGCGAGAAGACUACCGAGACCACAGGCAGAGACCCCGUCUCAUUCCUCCCUCCUUCGGUCGCCAGCGCAAUCAACAACAUGAACCACGGCCUUCCUUCCGCCAACACUUCGCUUGCCUCGCCUAACCUUCACUCUUCCGUCCCUGAGGCUGUUGUUGAGUCUCAGCACCAGGCUCACGUCGCACCCGAGGCCUCUGCUGAGCCUGAGGCUGUCGCUGAGAAGAGCCAGGUUGAGAGAGAAUUGCUUGAUCGUGUGCCUCGCACUUACGAGGCUGGCAAGCCUGCACCCACCGAGUCUGCUGCAUUGAGCGCAACUGCUCCCGUCAAGACUUCUGGCAUUGAGUCUGACAUGGAGGCCGCCGUUCUUGCUGCUGGUGGUUCCAUUGCCACAGGUUCUACUGGUGCUACCGCCCUCGGUACCCAAACCUCCCGCUUUGACGACGAGGCACCACGCGAUCUUACUGGUGGUCACAGUGCUAUGCCUACUUCCGUGCAGCCUGCCACCACUCAAGCUGGAGCUUUCACAGAUAACACCGGUCUUUCCGGCGCCACCACGAGCACGCUGCCCAUCCGUGAGGCCGAGACUCCCGCUGUCGCUGCCAGCUCUGGCCUGAACGCCCCUGCCUCGAGCCAGGCUCAGAUCCCCGCUCCCGUCACAUCCGAGACACUCGCCGCACCUACUCUCCAAGCACCUGCUGAGAAGUCUCGCGACGUUUCCCCCAUGACUCGCCCCGACUCUUCGCAGCAGUCAGCACCUCAGGUCACCACCGGUACCGAAACUCACAGCGUCCCUGCCACCAGCACGGGAAGUGCACCCACCACACCCCAGAGAAGUGCCACCAAGAGAUCUAGUGGAUUCUUCCGCGGCACACCCCAGAGCGACCGUACCAGCGUUGCCGGCUCUUCCAAGGCCGACGAUGAUGGCAGGGGCUCCAAGAAGAAGGGCUUCCUUGCCAAGCUCAAGGAGAAGUUCAGAGGUUAA